UUGUGACUGCGGGACCGUAAACAUGGCGGUGAGUCUCCGCGCCCGCUCGCUGAGGCACCUCCGCAUCCGAGGCCGGAACGACAGCGGCGAGGAGAACGUCCCCCUCGAUCUCACCCGAGACCCCUCCGAUAACUUGAGAGAGAUUCUUCAAAAUGUGGCCAAAUUGCAAGGGGUUUCAAAUAUGAGAAAACUUGGCCAUUUGAAUAAUUUUACAAAGCUUCUUUGUAAUGCUGGUCAUACUGAAGAAAAAUUAGGUUUUACUUACGAAGAUAUCAUCAUAUGUUUGCGGUUAGCUUUAUUAAAUGAAGCGAAAGAGGUGCGAGCAGCAGGACUCCGAGCUCUUCGAUAUCUUAUCAGAGACUCCAGUAUUUUACAGAAGGUAUUAAAACUGAAAGUGGAUUACUUAAUAGCCAGAUGCAUAGAUAUACAGCAAAGCAAUGAAGUAGAACGAACACAAGCACUUCGUUUAGUCAGAAAGAUGAUUACAGUCAAUGCUUCAUUAUUUCCCAGUUCAGUUACCAAUUCUUUGAUAGCUGUUGGAAAUGAUGGCCUGCAAGAGAGGGACAGGAUGGUUCGUGCAUGUAUUGCUAUUAUCUGUGAAUUAGCGAUUCAAAAUCCAGAAAUAGUUGCGUUCCGUGGUGGUCUAAGUACCAUUUUGAAAAAUGUGAUAGAUUGUCAAUUAAGCCGUAUAAAUGAAGCUCUCAUAACGACUGUUCUACAUCUUCUUAAUCAUCCAAAUACCCGACAAUAUGUGCGAGCUGAUGUGGAAUUAGAGCGGAUUUUAGCUCCAUACACGGACUUUCACUACAGGCAUAAUCCAGACACUGCAGAAGGACAGCUCAAAGAGGACAGAGAAGCACGGCUUUCUGCUAGUAAAAUGGGAAUUGUGGCAGCAUUUCGAUCAUGGGCAGGUAUAAUUAGUUUGUGUAAGCCUGGGAAUUCUGGUAUCCAAUCUCUUAUUGGGGUGUUAUGUAUACCUAACAUGGAAGUGCGGCGAGGCUUGCUUGAAGUUCUAUAUGAUAUAUUUCGUCUUCCUCUUCCUGUUGUGACAGAAGAAUUUAUAGAAGCACUUCUCAGUGUAGAUCCAAGCCAUUUUCAGGACAGCUGGAGACUUUCUGAUGGCUUUGUAGCUGCAGAAGCUAAAGUUAUAUUACCUCACCGAGCCAGAUCCAGGCCUGACCUCAUGGACAAUUACUUGGCCCUGGUUCUCUCUGCUUUCAUUAGAAAUGGACUCUUAGAAGGUCUAGUUGAAGUAAUCACAAGCAGCAAUGAUCAUAUAUCUGUCAGAGCAACUAUCUUACUGGGGGAACUUUUGCAUAUGGCAAACACCAUUCUUCCACAUUGUCACAGCCAUCAUUUACACUGCUUACCAACUUUAAUGAAUAUGGCAGCUUCUUUUGACAUUGUAAAGGAGAAGAGACUACGAGCCAGUGCUGCACUGAACUGCUUGAAACGCUUUCAUGAAAUGAAGAAAAGAGGACCUAAACCAUACAGUCUUCAUCUAGAUCACAUUGUCCAGAAAGCUAUGUCAACCCAUCUGCGAAGAGAUCAGUAUCGUGUGCAGAAAGAUAUCUUUAUUCUUAAGGAUACUGAAGAAGCACUAUUAAUGAAUCUGAGAGAUAGCCAAGUUCUUCAUCACAAAGAAAAUCUGGAAUGGAAUUGGAAUUUGAUAGGGACCAUACUUAAGUGGCCAAAUAUUAACUUAAAGACUAACAAGGAUGAACAGUUGCACAGAUUUGUACGGCGGCUGAUGUAUUUUUACAAGCCUAGCAGUAAAUUGUAUGCCAAUCUAGAUCUCGAUUAUGCAAAGUCAAAACAGCUCACAGUUGUUGGUUGUCAAUUUACUGAAUUUCUCCUUGAAUCUGAAGAGGAAGGAAGACAGGAAGGAAAGAAGGAAGGAAGGCAGGUGCAACAAAAGGAUGGGCAUGGCUAUCUCGAAGAGUUAGUAAGAGAUAUUGUGCACUGGCUUAACAUUUCUUCGGGACUGAAACCAGAACGCAGUCUCCAGAACAAUGGUUUACUUAACACACUUAGUCAGCACUACUUCUUAUUUUUUGGUACCCUCUCCUGUCAUCCCCACGGAGUGAAAAUGCUUGAAAAGUGUAAUGUAUUUCAGUGUCUCCUUAAUCUGUGUUCCUUGAAGAACCAAGAUCAUUUACUUAAACUGACAGUUUCUAGUUUAGACUACAGCAGAGAUGGCUUAGCAAGAGUCAUCCUUUCUAAAAUCCUGACAGCAUCAACCGAUAAUUGUAGGUUGUAUGCUACAAAACACCUCCGCGUACUUCUGAGGGCCAAUGUAGAAUUCUUCAGUAAUUGGGGAAUUGAGUUACUUGUCACACAGCUUCAUGACAAAAAUAAAGCUAUUUCUUCUGAAGCACUUGAUAUCCUUGAUGAAGCAUGUGAAGACAAGGCUAAUCUUCAUGCCCUCAUUCAAAUGAAACCAGCACUUUCUCACCUAGGAGACAAGGGUAUGCUUCUGCUGCUAAGAUUUUUGUCAAUCCCCAAAGGGUUUUCCUAUCUAAAUGAACGAGGCUAUGUAACAAAACAAAUGGAGAAAUGGCAGAAGGAAUACAAUUUAAAAUAUGUUGACUUGAUAGAAGAACAACUAAAUGAAGCACUUACUACAUACCGCAAACCUGUUGAUGGUGAUAAUUAUGUCCGUCGGAGCAACCAAAGAUUACAGCGGCCCCAUGUCUACUUGCCAGUUCACCUCUAUGGCCAACUAGUACACCACAAAACAGGCUGUCAUUUGUUGGAAGCUCAGAGUAUUGUUCCUGACCUGAGUUACACUAUCCGCUCCCCUAUGUUGGAAAAAUGGGAAGGGAUUAAGCAACUAAAAGCUGCUCUUUGGGCACUGGAUAAGGACCGCAAUCCCUUCCCCUUUUUCUCCUCCCGCAGACUUGUCAGGAAUCGCAUCUUGAAUUCUCUUACCCUACCUAAUAAAAAACUGAGGAGCAGCAGUGAUCCCAAAGGAGGCAAGCUGUCUUCCUUGGAGAACAAGAUGGGCUUAAGGCGAAACCGGACAGUAACGGAACCUUGUAGCAGCAUGGAUUUUACACGAGGAGAUGACUUUACCCCGGUAUUCAAGGUUCCUAAGAUUCACACUCUGAAACUAGAAACUUCAUUUGUUGGGAGCAAGCAUAGUGAAGAUGCAGAUAGUACUCCAAGUAUUGGUGAAAAUGACCUUAAGCUUCCCAAAAGUCUUGGCCAUGAAAAUCAUAGGGAAAACUCCAGCCGAGAGAGACUCAUAGAAGUUUCUACUCAGACUCAUUUCAAAAGUCGUAGUUUAAGUUUCAAUACAGACACGACCACAAGUGGCAUAAGUUCAAUGAGCUCCAGUCCUUCCCGAGAGACUAUGGGAGUGGAUGCUACCAAUAUAGAAACUGACUGUGGGAGCUUAAGUACUGUGGUGAGUACCAAGACCAUUAAAACAAUUCAGUGUUCAACCCCACAAUCUAACCACCUCCCUCUGUCAAAAUCAAAUUCUGUCUCCCUGGUACCACCAGGGUCUUCACACACGCUUCCUCGGAGAGCGCAGUCACUAAAAGCUCCUUCCCUCGCUACUAUAAAAAGCUUGGCUGACUAUAAUUUUAGUUACACCAGUUCUCGAGAUGCAUUUGGAUAUGCAACCCUGAAACGCCUGCAACAGCAGAGGAUGCAUCCCUCUCUGUCACAUUCUGAAGCCCUGGCUUCUCCAGCAAAGGAUGUACUCUUCACAGACACAAUCACAAUGAAGUCUGGUAGUCUAGACUCUCGACUAACACCCAAUCGGUUCAUGAGAGCUUUGAGCUACGCAUCAUCCUUAGAUAAAGAAGAUUUAUUAAGCCCUAUAAACCAAAAUACACUGCAGCGUUCUUCUUCUGUUCGUUCCAUGGUGUCUAAUGCUACCUAUGGUAGCUCAGACGAUUACAUUGGACUUGCUCUCCCGGUUGACAUCAAUGAGAUAUUUCAGGUAAAAGAAACCCCCUAUUUCCAGAAGAAAACUAUGAUUUCAUAUGAUGAUCGGGGCACUCGAGUCUUUGCCCAGGAUGCUUCAGGUUUGCCAUGUGAGUCUGCUGAGCUUGUAAAGAGUCCCUUCCAGAUGCUUCGUCAGCAGAUAAGUCUUACAGAGAUUAUGAACACAAGUCGUUCAGAUGCCUCCCAGUUCCUAGAAAACAUGGAAGACACUGGACUCCAAGAACACACUGAAGAUAAUUGUCUCUAUUGUGUUUGUACACACAUCCUCGAAUGUCAACACAAUAACAAACUGAACUCUGCAUAUAGUCACCUAGAAUUUUCAGACAUUCCUUAUUCAGACUGGUGUGGAAAGGCUAUGCAUAAUCAUUUGGAUGUGGUUUCACAUUCCUCGAAGUUUUCUGGAAUUUCAGGAUGUAGUGAUGCUGUAUCCCAUGGAUCAGCUAGUAGUACCAAGAGUUCUGAUCUCAUCAUAGGCAUGAAAUCAAUCCCAGAUGAUACUCCCGUAUGCCGCAUACUAUUGAGAAAGGAAGUUUUGCGAUUAGUAAUCAACUUGAGUAGCUCAGUAGGAACUAAAGGUCAUGAAACAGGUCUCUUGACAAUUAAAGAGAAGUUUCCCCAAGCAUUUGAUGACAUAUGCCUUUACUCUGAAGUAUCCUACUUGCUAGCUCACUGCACUUUUCGAUUGCCAUCUAGACGGUUCAUUCAAGAACUCUUUCAAGAUGUACAGUUUUUGCAGAUGCAUGAAGAAGCAGAAGCUAUUUUAGUCUCGCUGUCAAAUCAACAAACAGAUAACCCAUCAACUGAAUCCUGACCUCUUGUUUUCCAUGAUGUGAUAAAUGUGAAGUUACUAGUAGCGUUCAAUAACACCUAACUGACUGGGCAACCGAGAAGUACCAUCUUCUGAAUUGUUCCAGGAAUUCUGGUACAUAAAAUUGGAUGCUCAGUUGUAGAAUUUUUCUUCGAUGGAACUUGCUUCCAAAGCCAUCUGAGCCCUGAGGGGGAAUUGUUAAAACAGUGAAAGUAACAAGAUAUGCAAGAAGAAUGAAGCACCAGACACUUAUGCAGGUUUUCAUUUCACUUAUUUUUAAAUGCAAUGUCACAAAAAUAGAGGACAAAUUACACGGGACCUGGUUUACAUGGUUGACUUUUGACUUCCGUUUUGGACAGUUGAUGCCUUGCUUGUUUACCCUGGAUUUGAGAGACAUGGUAUCUUAAGCUGUAUCCCAUUGUCAUCAAUGGAGAAUGCUAUAACCAUGACAUCGGGAAUUAAUUAGGGGAUUUCCUUGAUAUAUUUCUUAAUUUUUGUGAAUACUACUUGGACAAUUUCUGCUCUCAGAGAAUCUUCAGUAGGUUUGGGAGUAACCUUAACUUAUUUUAUUGUUAUAAUAUUAGCAAUCUGUCCAGUUUUGUUGCAGUUUCAUGUAAUUAUGUUAAACUGAACCAAUUAAUGAAUUUCACUACAGUUUGAGUUUAGAAAAAAAAAAACCACAAUUCCCCUCCAUGUAAUGCAUGCAUUGUAAUGGGGUGUUCUACAUUAAUGUUCAUCCAGUAAUUCACUGAAUAUCUAAAGUAGAUCUUCAAAAAUAAUAAUUUAUGUCAGGUAAAUCAAGUAAAAUUAUUGCUUAUUGCUGCUUUUUAUCAAGAAAAAUGCAAAAUAAUAAUUUCACAUUCCAUGGCUUUAAAUUUGCUCCUAAUCAUAUGCUUCAAUCACACAGACAAAAGAUUAAUGGCAAGAUAAUACCAAUAAUUGUAGUGAAAAGCCUUAAACAUGCAGUGUUGAAGUGCUACAUUGCUAUAAUUCAGAGGUGUCUUUGGUAAAAUUAGCACAAAUUGUGUAAUAGUGAUGGUAUGUAGUUCAAUUAUCUCCAAUCUCUAAUUUAUGCAAGUAUGAGAUUGAAACAAAUUGAAUUGAAAAGUCUCUUUUAGAAUCAAAUGACUUUUACCUGUACAUAACAAAUGUAUAAUUGCUUUGUUUACAAAACCUGUAGCAUUAUUUGGUCAUUUCUUGUGUAUGGAAAUAAUUCAGGUAGACUGUACUGGGAAUAUGUCCAUCAAAGUUUAUCUCCCCUGACAAGUGUGCAAAGAUUUGCUUGUUUAGAUGAAAUUAGCUCAGUUUUACACAUAUAUUUUAACUGAGCCUAAUUAACAUGCAUAUAUAUAUAUAUAUGAAUUUGUUCUUAGAGGCAUAUAUAAAUUUACAUUUGUUACGAAAUCUAGCAAUGUCUAGGUUCAGUACAUUGUCAUAUCAAAAUGAGUUUGUUCUCCAGUUCUAAAAGAAAGCAAACACCGUCAUUACAGUCAUACUGUUGGCUAAGAAAGAUGAAGCAAGAGUUUAUAUGUAAAUUGAAUCUUCAGGACUAGUAAUCAUAGUUGAAGUAAAAUCUCAAAGUUGAAGAGCCGGGAGAUAGUUCAUUACACAUAAAGCUGAAAACAAGUUUUUUUCCCUGCCAUCCUGAAAUGGCCAGGUAAGACAUCUGGAGAUUAAGGCAUUAGAUCACUUUUUUUAAAAAAAAAUCUCCUUGCAAGAAUUAGGCACCAAUCCCCGAAUUCUUAGAAUAAACCUGAGAUUCUCUUCCUGCCAUUUUGGCCGGAACUAUAUUAACUGAUCCACAAAUUUAAGUACUGCUGUAUGGGAUACUUUCCAGGAUAGCAUUUUUCUAGAGAAAUAGAAAACUGAAUGAAGAUACUGGCCUGAACCAGAGAGUCAGUUCACUCUGAUCCAUAUCUAUAAUUCCCAAAAGAAAGUUACCUCUAAGAUAUGUGACUUACGCUAAUUCAUAUUGUAGCUUCUAACUUAUCUCAACAGCAAGUUAUUCAAUAGCUAAGAACCCGCAAACCAGAUAAAGGCAUUCUAAGAAUAUGGGACACAGUUAUUAUGGAUGAAACAUUUUCUUCCUCUUCCUAAGACCUUUUAAGGAAAUACAUGCCUUCUACCUCCAAGCAGAAGUUUACAUUACCUCAUUAUACUGCUUUGAACAUUCUAGGUGGGAGAUACGUCAGAAUAAUUGAGUCAGUCUAAUUCUCUUUAAGGUAUUGGAGUAUGUUACUUUGGUACAUAGACAAUGCAGUAUGGAUAACCUAGAGAACUGUCAUAAGGAGUUUUACCAUUCAUGGCCAGAGCUGAAGAAUCUUAAGGAGAGUUAAUAAUGUUUUGCUGUUACAUUUCUAAACAUGAAAUUUGAGUGUCUAUUGAGAAUAUUCUUAUUAUUUCUCUACUUUAGUGACCAUUUAGAAACUGAGCAACUGAGAAAAGGAGCACUUGGAGAAAUUUCAAAUAUUUCAUUCUCAGGUUUGAAAUAUCUCUUUAAAUACAGUAUUUUAAGUUGGUGGGGUUUUUAUUUUAUUUUUUGUAGUUUCUGUUCUUUCAGGUUUUUAGUUUAGAGACUGCAAGAGGGAAUGGGGCACUCUCUGCUUCCUGUCCAUGUGGUUUUUGUUUCUGAACCAUGGAAUAAAGUUUAUGUUAGGAGCAGAUAUAACCCAGAGAGAAGUGGGUGCCACUGAGAGUCUAGAUUUCAGCAUCUUCUCCUCUUAUGACAGCUUGCCAAAAUUGCAUUACAAUAAUUUAUUGAACAUCUGGAGAGCCAUGAAGUUACAGUAGUUCCCAGAUUUCUAUGAGAACCUCCUGAGGAAAAAAUAGAGGGAGGGGAAGAAAUGGGUCAGGAAAAAUUAAAGGAAGGGCUUCAGCUCGUUCAUUAGGGUUCAUUAAUAAUUUUCCAUCAAUAUUCAGAGAUGCUUUGCUCAUAAAUGAAACUCCUGUGAUAACACUCCUGUGCAGAACCAAAAUGGCAGCCACAGUGUAGACCAAAUGGUGGUGUAAAUUCCAAAGGAUUCAUACAAUACUUCCAGUAAAAAAAAGCAAAUAGUUGAUUGUACAUAGUAGUUACGAAUGCUACCUCAAUAAUGAUGGAGUAUUAAGAUCUAUAGAUCGAUAACUCUUAAAUGAAAUUAAUUCAUUUAUUCUGUGUUUUGCAUAUUUGAUUCCAAGGCAAAAGUAGAUGAAAAGGUCUUCUUUAAAACAAUGAUAUUUCAGCUUUCAACUAUAGUUGUUACUGAAAAAACAGGGAAAAUUUAGUUACAGGGAAAAUUAAAAAGUAAAUUCAGCUAAAUGUACUAAUAUAUCCACUUAGAUAAUACAUAGGUAUACAUAACUUUUUGACAUUUAAAAAAAAUAGAUUUUGGGCUUCUGUUCAGAAUACUGCCCAAGAUCAAUUGACCUUGAGCUGUAUGGGCAACAGCAUCAUCAAAAAUUAAGUGAAUUUGGGUCUUUGCAUUAAAAUACAAAUCGAUGAUAGCUGUAGUAUCUGAACCAAUAUUGUAUCUAUAUGAUGUUAUACUUAUUUUGUUAAUUAAUUGGCUGUAACAGAAUAUACCUGGAAUCUGGGUAGAAAUUCAUGUAUUAUGAAUUCGUUUUACUUAUUGUCACAUGAUCAGUCAUUGACUUCUUACAUUAAUGAACAUAUUUAUACCCAUAAAGCUACAUACAGAUCAACAGCUUUUGCAAUUGGCAAGUAGAACGAAAAGGUUUAUGGAGUCCCAUUUGAUUGCCAUUGGGUGAUGGGUUGCUUUCAGCUUAAGUACUUUUCUGAAGCAAUUUCUCCUUGAUCACCAAACCCAAAAUUUGGAGUAAAUACAGAAGAACAUGGAAGAAGUCUACACUUGCAUUAUAGAUUACAAAUAUGAUGGGAAUGGUAUCAGGGCUGUAUAUGCUUUCAAAUAUUUUGGCAGAAGCAUUUGUAAGCAUCAUGCAAGGUAGCAGCUAUGUUUUCUUUCAAAGUUCUGCUUUAAAAGUUAACAUUAAAGCAGCAGCAGCUCUCUUUUUUAAGACUCUCAGAGAAGUUUUAAUUAAGAACUGGGAAGUGUAUGGGGUUCACAGCACUUUUUUGGAAUUAAUUUUCAAAUGAUACACAACCCUGAUAUCCUUGUCAUUUUGAAAGGCUUGGAUUGAUGGCAUAAUCCAAAAAUGCUGUAGAAAAAAAAUCCUAUCUAAAUGCUCUUUCUCAUUACUGAAAGGAUGAAAUAAUUUGGAAAGACAUUUAAUACUUGUGACUGCUUUGGAAUGGACCCUCAUAGCAUGUUGCUAUGUUUUGCUAUGUUUCUCCCCACCCACUUUCACUCAGCCACUGGCAAUUAUUUGUAUCUGGAGUAUUUAUGUAUGGCGGGAGGAGAAUGAAAGAGAUAACAAGUUACGAAUGGCAAAGCAUAACUGUUAUUUUCUAUCUUCCUUAUGAUGCAUUCCAAGGGAGGAAGGAUAAGCAAGUGUGAUUAAUCAAACUUGCAAUUGAUUUUUCACAUUCAGUAUCUCCAUCUCCUGUGAUACAGAUCCCGAAGUACCUUGAUUUUAAUAUAAGCUUACAAAACAAGCAUAGAAUUGAAUCUUGUCUUUGUUCAUGUCAAAGCACCCAAUUUCUACUAAUUCCCUUCUCCCACUGCAACUUUUCAUAUAAUUCCCAAGAUUCCUUCAGAUCACAGAUUGUGGAGGAGUCACAAAAGCUCCAUUUUUAUGUUCCACUCACAGAAUAAUCCUACGCCCCAUUUUAUAACGACAGCAAGGUCAAGAACCUAAAGACAUCACAUUAAUAAAAGAUAGAUUUAGAUAUUCAUCUGUGGGGACAUAAAAUGCAUAUGUUGGCCUCUAAUAUUUGUCAAAUAAAAGCUAUUUGCAAGCACACACAGGGUCAUUUCAUCUGUACCCAUACAUUUUGGAACCAAUUGCAUUUAAGUUGUUACCUGAAAAGCACCAUUAGGAACUUACUUUACUAAAUAGGUUCUAGUAACUAUUGUGAAUCAACAAAAAAUGCUCUCCAGAUAUGACGUAAUUAGGAUUAGCCACACAGCUCAAUAGGCUUCCUGAACUUGAUCAUCCUCAAUAAUAGUGGACAGAAUCCCUUAUCCCCUACCCUCACGUGCAAUAGUUGGAAGCAUUGGGUUACAGUUUGUAUCAUGGAAAGAUUACAUAUAGCAUAAAAGUGAUAUAGGAUACAAAACAAAGCCUUUGCAAAGUUAAUAACCAGUUUAUAACAUGAACAUUAGUUUCAGAUAGACGAGGCAUAAUCUAACCAACGACAGCAUUUCUAAGGUUAGGAAUGCUUAAGUUGAAUCUUGCCUUGAAUAUGUUAAUAAUUCUUUCUUCCCUUGAAUAAUCUCUUUUGCAAUAAUCAUAAUUAUCCUUUGAUUUUGUGUGUGUGUGUGUGUGUGUGUUUUGCCAUUUGAAUGAGGUAAUGUGACACUGAAAAAGGAUAAGGUUCCCCCCCCAUUAAUAUACCUUGGAAGCUACACAGCUUGGAGGUAUAAUAAUAAUCAUCUGUUUCUAAUACAUAUCCAUGUUAGAAAUUAUCUAACAAUGAUAGCCUUAUUUUGAUUUUUUUUAGAACUUUAGUGAGGAUUACUGUAUAUUCUUAAAACUCCAGAUUUGCUACACGUUUUGUUAACUUUUUACUUUCAGAAAAAAGUAAAGAAUGUGGUUUUCCUUAGGACUAUUUUUGUAAAAUAGCUGGAUAGCAAUGCUACAGCAUGCAGAAAGUGCACUUUUUUUUUGCCUGACUUGCUUGUAAAAUAGACACUAUUUAAUUUGGGGGGAAAUAUAAUUUAUGCCAAAAAGAAAACGGUAUCUUGCUGCCAUUUUGCGACUGCGUAGGUUAGAGUAGCACAGAAUGCAAGAACUGGGAGAGGGGGACACUAUUUGUAAAUAUGAUUAUUGUGAAAAAUGGGAAAAUACUCUUCAGAUAAUAAAUGCCAAUAACCCAAAUGAUGCCUGGGUUGGAAAUUAUGUAAAUUAGUCAUUUGGAGUGGGUGGGGGGAGAGAUUAUGAAAGGACUCAUUAUCCCCAUCCCGUAUGGUCAAUUUUCCAUAUAAGUUAACAAGCUGCUACAUACUUGGAGGUUCUAUUGUUUGUAGGUCAUUGAAUGAACUUUGAAAUCUGAUUUAUAUUAUAUACCUGUAACAUAGAAAGAAAGAAAAAGUAUUUAUAUAUUUUCUGUAUGACAAUUUCAUGAGCUGUAUAUAAUUUUCAAAAGGCUUUGUCCCAAAAAGGUUCGGCUCACCUUGAUUCUUUUUUGUUGUUUUCAUUGGUUUGGAAAUUGUUUUGUUUUGUAUAGUGUGUACAGUUCAUGUCUAUGGAUAUUACAAGCCUCCUAAAGCAUUAUCUUCCUAUCAAAGGGAUACAUUGUUAAUAAAAUGAACUUUAAACACCUUA